AUGUCGAAAGAUAUUGCUUCCAUGAGAGAAAUACAACACAACCGACAACUCAUUAUGCAAGCUCUAAAUAAGAACACAACAAACUUUUCAAACUAUUCUAAGAUAUCUGAGUCAUUGAAAGAAGGAAACUUAAAACUGACAUUAAACCCUUUAACAGAUGAGUUUCUAUUUCAAGACAAGAAGAACAAUACUGUCUGUAUAAAUCCAACAAAAGGAACUUUAAACGAGAAACCUAUAAAUGAACUUCUUUUGAAAGCAGAUGUUGACAACAAAGCUGACAAAGAAUAUGUAGACGAUGCAAUAGCAAAAGAAGAAGAAAGAGCUAACAAUGCUUAUGCAACAAAAGAACAUACUCAUCCUGAACUAGCAGACAAAACAUAUGUUGACAAUAAAAUGUCAAGUGAAGUGACAAGAGCUGAAAACGAAUAUUCUAAAAAGACUCAUACACAUUCUAUAUCUGAAAUAACAGACUUAAACGUUAGCCUUGAAAAGAAAGCGGAUAAGGAUUGUGUGGCUAGUAGGUUAGAGAAGAAAGCAGAUAAGGAAUAUGUGGAUGAAAAAGAUAAUGA